CUUGUCAAUGUGGUAAUUUCGAUCUUGUUUGGAAAAUACGGGUUUUAUUUAUGAAAUUUGUUUGCAUUUACGAUAAAAUUAAUACAUUCCAACACUUUAUAAGUAAAUUCGUUUUGUGAGUUGUGUAUUGGAGGCUGUCGUAGUCAAGUUGUACUUUUGGAACAGGCUCAAGACGUUGUAGUGGAUACAAUGGCGGUUACAUGGAAUACUAAGUGGAAGUGGAUUACGGGGUACAGCGCCGACUCGGUUGAAUGGUGCCCUGUGGAACGCUUCAAACAUGUGCUGGUAUGCGGAACUUAUCAAUUGGAGAAGAAAGAUGAAGAUGCUAUUUCAGGUGCAGGUUCUGCUAAUCAGCCUAAGCAGAAGCGACUGGGACGAAUAUAUCUAUUCUCUAUUAAUGAUGAGACAACUCAUUUAACUCCCAUACAAGAAGUAGAUACAGCUGGUAUUCUUGAUCAGAAAUGGUGCUAUCAUACGAUAAAAGACUAUCCGGUUCUAGCAGUUGUGACAUCAGAAGGGGUAACUCAACUUUACCGAUUGGUAGAAGAAAACGGUACACUAAACUUGCGCUUGUGGAUAGAAAACAUAGUCGGUGGAGAGGCGUUGGCGCUGUCUGUUGAUUGGUCGUCAAAUAAAUCCUUUAUGCAGGAACCUAAUCUGGUUAUUAGUGACUCGUCGGGUACCAUUACGGUUUUGCAGAUAGUGGGUGAUUGUUUACAGAAGAUCGGACAAUGGAAAUCACAUUCAUUUGAAGCCUGGAUAGCAGCAUACAACUAUUGGAAUACAGAUCUGUUUUAUUCAGGUGGUGACGAUUGUUUGCUAAAAAGCUAUGAUAUAAGAAUACCAGAAGCAGUCGUAAUUAACCGCAGCCAUGAGGCAGGAGUUACUAGUAUUAGAAAUAAUGUAGAAGUAGAACAUCAACUUAUAACUGGAAGUUACGAUGAAAAGGUUCGCCUCUGGGAUCUUAGACAACUAAAACGCUGCAUCAGCGAAACGGAUGUGAAUGGUGGUGUUUGGCGUUUAAAGUGGCAUCCAUUCGACAAAAGUAUAAUUUUAGCGGCUUGCAUGUACGGAGGUUUUCGCAUUCUUCAAGUUGAGGAAAAUGUUAGCGUGAUGGCCGAUUAUUUGGAACACGAGAGCAUCUCGUAUGGAGCUGACUGGAAAUUUGAUAAUAGCGUGUCUUUAAUCGCAACAUGCUCUUUUUAUGAUUGCAAUUUACAUAUAAGUGAAUUAAAGGUAAAAAAUCAUCCUUUAGUAUAAAUAUUUAGUUGUCUAAAUUCUAAAACAUUGAAAAUGUUUUUUAUUUAAUCAAGAAUAAAAAUACUGUAGGAUGCAAAAGCAAAAUUUUAUUGAAAUGAAAGUUAUUAUCUUCAUUUUAAACAUGUUGUAUUUCAAUUUGCUUAUAAUGUCAUGAUAAAUAUAUUUUAUAACAAUUACAUACUUAAUAAAGUCAUUAUUUAUCUGCCAUAUGUGAUAGUCUUACACAAUUUACAAUAUGAAGGCUUUGGGAUGUUAUCUGUUACGCUUUAUUAAAUGUCAGAAUAUUUUUUUUAAAAACUCUAAACUGGCCUGUUUCUUCUACUAUAAAUUUGUACCUUAAUAUUAUCUAAAUACAGUCUAUUUUCUAUUCAUUGGAAUUAAAUUUAAUAAUUUUAUGCUUUUGUCAUGCUUUUAUUUUACAUUUCUUUAAAUAUAGAAUUAAGAGAAAUGGUGGUGUUUUACUGACUGAUAUUAUUGAAAUAGUUAAUUUAAAAUCAAGGUGGUCAGAUAAAUUUUACAAAUAAUUAAUUGGUAUG